AUGAGUGGAAAAAGUAACAAAGGGGAUAAUGUUACAUCUGCACUUUUGCUGGCGAUGAGGACAGGGGAAUGCAUUAUUGGGUUUAAGCGAGCCAUAAAGUCGGUUAUCAUGAAAAAGGCAAAGUGCCUUGUUAUUUCAUCGAAUUUUCCUUCCACAAAAAGGAAGCAACUUGAGUACUACAGUGUCUUAGCUGGAGGGCUCCCUAUUAUUUUCCACAACGCCAAUAAUGAGGAACUAGGAAACAUUACUGAGAGAGGGCAUAGGCUGGGAUGUAUCUCUAUCAUUGACCAGGGAGAGGCGGAUCUGAUACCCUCUAAAGGAGAAUAA